AUGUCUACCACUGGUCAAUCCACACCUUCAUCAGAUGAUCGUGAUACAUCAGUCAUUGAUGAAUCUUCGAUUCCACCGACAUCAACUCACCAUAUUCCAAUAUCCUCUAACACAAGAACACACCUUGAAGAUCCAUCAGAUCCGUAUUAUCUCCAUCACUCCGACAAUCCUGGAAACAUUCUUGUUUCACAGGUUCUUACAGUCAAGAACAAAAUUGGAUUUCUUGAUGGUUCGAUUUCAAGGCCUUCACCUACGGAUACUUCUUUAUACAAUGCUUGGUGUCGCAACAACAACAUAGUUAUCUCUUGGAUUCUGAACUCGGUUUCAAAGGAGAUCUCAGCAAGCAUCUUGUACGAUGAUUCUGCAGCAGAAAUUUGGAAGGAUCUUCAGGUUAGAUUUAAAAGAUGCAAUGGACCACACAUCUUCAACCUUCGAAAGGAAUUGAUGAACCUUAAACAAGACACUCAAACCGUGAGCAUCUACUAUACGAAGCUUCGUACCAUUUGGGAAAAGCUCUCUAACUAUAGACCAAAUUGUACCUGCAACAACUGUACCUGUGGAGGAGUUAAGAAGUUACAGGAGCAUUAUCAUAUGGAGUACAUAAUGUCCUUUUUAAUGGGACUCAAAGAUUCUUAUUCCCAAGUCCGAGGGAACAUCUUGCUCAUGGAUCCCUUACCUGAUCUUAGCAGAACUUUUCAUUUGGUUACCCAAGAGGAGAAUCAAAGAAGUGAUAUUACAGUAGACUCUACCUCUUCCAUGGCCUUUUCUCUUCAAAGUAAUAGAUCCUCCACUCAAAGAUCUGAUUCAACAACAUCCAAAUCAUAUCCUCCGAGAAGAAAUAGACCCUUUUGUACCCAUUGUAAUACUCUUGGACACACCAUUGAAAAAUGUUACAAGUUGCACGGAUAUCCUCCUGGUUACAAGCAAAAAUCGUCCAAAGAAGCUUCAACAAAUCAGUUCAAUGCUUCUGAGGAUAUCCACAAUAAUGCAAGGCCCGAGCAAGCACAAGUCAAUCCCAAAGAUGCAGCAGCAAACCAAUUCAACACUACAACAUUCUUGCCUCAACUCACAGCCACUCAAUAUCAACAAUUGCUCAACCUUCUUGCUACUCAAGCACCUAGUAUGAAUUCUACAGAACCAAGUUCUUCUACAGGUAAUCCAGAAAUUGUGUUAUCUACCAAUUCGUUCAUACCUGUGAUUGAUUCUUGGAUUGUCGACACAGGAGCUACAAGACAUAUUUGCUCUAAUGUAAAUACUUUUCAAUUCCUAAAUCCUAUAUUUCCUACUAAACUCAUACUGCCCAACAAUGAUUCUUUACUUGUUCAUCCCAGUGGCUCUAUUGCUAUUAAUCAAGAUUUAGUUCUCACUGAAGUGCUUUAUGUUCCUUCUUUUAAAUACAACAUUAUAUCAGUUAGUUGCUUGACCAUUCAAGGAGAUGCCCACCAGGAGGAUGAUUGGCACGGAUAUGAUAAUGCACCUGAGCUUGCUUUCACAGAUCUUUUUACUCAAAAGGGAAUUUUGCAUCAAUUUACUUGUGUCGAAACACCUGAGCAAAAUGCAGUGGCUGAACGAAAGCAUCAACAUUUGUUGAAUGUUGUUCGGUCACUCUAUUUUCAAGCUAACAUUCCCAUCAAAUUUUGGUCAGACUGUGUAUCUACAGCAGCUUAUAUCAUUAAUCGUAUUCCCACACCUAAUCUAAAAAAUAAAACACCUUAUGAGAUUCUCUAUAACAUACCUCCUGAUUAUGAUCACUUUAGAUCUUUUGGAUGUUUGGCUUUUGCAUCUACACUAACUGCACACCGCACCAAGUUCGAUUCACGGGCUAGGAGUUGUGUUUUUAUGGGAUACACCCAUGUUUUACCUUUUACUGAAGUCACUACUACUCCUAUUAUUGAUUACUAUCAUGAUAAAAUUAGUCCUAUUGCUACUGACACUUUUAUGCAGGAUAUUCAUUCACCACAUUCUUCCACAACUAACUCAUAUCCUAAUAUUUCUCCUUCUGUCAAUGAUUCUUUUCUUGAUACUACUGCUGAAACCUCAACCCCAUCUCAGCCUCUCCUAAGGCGUUCAAGCAGGCCCUCAAGACCUCCUGCAUACCUACUUUCUUCACAAAAUGAACCUCAGACAUAUAAACAGGCCAUUGAACAUGAACCUUGGAUUAUGGUUAUGAAUGACGAACUGCAGGCACUACAACACAAUAACACAUGGACCAUUAUGCCUCUUCCACCUAAUAAACAUGCAAUUGGUUGUCGAUGGGUCUACAAGCUUAAAUUUCACAAUGAUGGCUCCAUCGAAUGA